UCGAUAUGAACAGGUUGAAAUUUAUUAUUAAUAUGAUUUGUUUGUACAUAAAUAAUUCAUCAUAAAUAACUCAAUUGUUUUACUUAUAAGAAUAGGCACAAAAGAAGGAGGAUCAAAGUGAGCCCAAUAGAAUUGAGAUGUUUGCCCUGACACACACAAGAAAAGAUGGGACGCUUGUUGAUGAUCAUUCUAAGGAGAUUAUGGAUCAAUUUCAACAAUUACUAUCUCAACCUGAGGGGACAUCUUCUUCUACUUCUGCAUCAUCUGGAGCAUCUACAUCUGUAUCAUCUACAUCUGUAGCAUCUACAUAUGUAGAUGAGAUAUAUACUCAAGUCAUGGGUCCAGAGAGGCAUGGUCGUGUUCGAGGGUAUGGAUUUGGUCCUACUCCUACCUCAAUCUUUGGUUCUACUAGUAGGAGACAAUCAGGAGUUAUUCUUUCAACACAACUUGAAAACGCCCAAGAGAUGCUAAUAGCUGCAGAACAAAAGUUUACAACUGCAACUGAAGAACUCUCAAAUGUGAAAGAUGAACUCUCACAUGUGAAAGAAACAUUUGAAGAGAGGUUGAUAGAAGUUCAAAAGAAGACACGUGAAGAAGUGAAAGAAGAGUUUGAAGAAAAAAUGAUGGAAAUGCAAAGAAAAAUGCAAGCACAAAUUCAAGAACAGAUGAUGCAAAUGAUGCAACAAUUUCAGCAAAAGCAGUAGACAUUUGAAGAUUUUGCUAUAUCUUUAUAUGAUAGAUUCUCUUAACUUUUUUUGAAGAUUAUGCUACUUAUUUAUAUGAUAGAUUCUCCUAACUUUUUUUGCUUUCUAUGACUAUUAUGUGAUGUUUGGUUGGUUGAUUUGUUUUAUUAUGUUAGAAUGUGAAACUAAAUUUGAAUC